AUGUCUGAGAAGAAGGAGAAUGUUUCAGGGAAUGAUGAAGCUAAAGUUACAGACACAGAAUCACAAAAUACAUCAGAAGAUAAUCCACAAGCAGCAGUUACUGUUCAAAGUGAGAAGCGGGAGAAUGGAAGUUUGGAUGGGAGUGAGACGGCAGAGGAAACAAAACAGCAGCAUCCACAGGGCAGGGCAACAAGAACAAUAAUGCCUGGUCUUCCUCCGAUCAAUCUAGAUCAGCUUACAAGUAUUCUUCGAGAUCCCAGCAUGCCUUCUCAUCAUAUCAUGAAUGAAGUAGCCGACAAGAUUAUACGACAGUGUAAGGAGAACGAACGGGAUGCCAACUUAAUGGGCACCACUGGGGGUGUAGUUGGGAUGCAAGGUCUUCUAGACACUAUAUUUGAAGUUACAAUUCAGCGACCUGACUCAGAUAACUCAGAUGACGAUGAAACUUUCCAGAGAAUUCCACGGGAAAUACCCUGCAGUCUCUGUAACAAGAUUUUUGGGAGCACCAUGAGAUGGAAAACACAUGUAUUAGUGGCACAUCAAGAUCCUUCAGUGCUAAAUAUAAGACGCCUGUCCACCAGUGAGUGUGAAAAGAAAGAAAAAAGUAAAAGUUCUCACAGAAAGCACUCGAGAAACCCUUCAAAACCUGAUGCUACUGUCACAGACCCCAAAACACAUCAUUCAUUAAAAACAGAGAUUAAACAAAGUGCUGAAGCAUUUCAUAAAGAGGAGAGUAUACCAGAAAAUCAAAGGCAGUCUUUGAUUGUAAGACCUUUGCAAACAACAAAGUCUGUUAGUCUAUCUGAUAAACAAAACAUUGAAGUACAAAUUCCGCAAACGGAAAUUGAAGCCAGUUGUAAAGCGUUUUCUUGUGAAGCAGAGCAUAAAGAUGCACAAAUUGACACUGUUAAAGUAACAGACAAUAUAAAUUCCACAGCAAAUGCAGACUUAUUACAGCUACAAGAAUCAACUUCUAGAAACACUGAUUUAACUGAAGACAAAGAAAUACAUUUACCAGCAGAGGUUCAUGCUGAAUCACAGACAUUUACACAGGGUCCAAAUAUAAAUCCCUUCACUGAGAAAACUAUAGAAGUAGUGCAGAAAGAACAGUCUAGAAUAUCUGAUAAACCUGCAACUAUUGACAUUACUUCUGGUGAUGAUUCUGCAAGUGGAAGGAAACGAAAGGCAACAUCACCUAUCCUGAAAUCAUCACCUAUCCAAGAAUCAUCACCUAUCCAAGAAUCAUCAUUAUCAUCCUCAUCAUCAGAGACACCAUCAUCACAUUCAAAACGUUCUAGGAAACAAACUUUGGAGGAGCCAGGUUCUAGUUCCACACAUAAGCUUGAAUAA